AUGGCAUUCGCUGGAAAAGAUCCACUAAGAGCUCCAAUAUCUCUUGCUCUAGACAAUAGAGGUGUAUGCGAACUCGAUCGAGUCGGUCAAGAAGACUUGGUCGAGCUAGACUUUACAACGGGUAGAAAGAGGGUUCAGAGGUCACAGAGGGUACAAGAGGAACCUGAGGUGCUUGUUGCUGAUACAAUGGAUGUACCAGAGGGGAAUGGAAACCCUUUGGGCAUGGACUCGGUCGAGCUAGGCAAACUCGACCGAUUGGUCAAGGAGAUGCUCCAAACCGCCACCAACAGAGACAAGGGAUUGUUCCACCACCAGUGCAGAACCACAACUUUGAGAUCAAGCUGGGAAUGA